AUGGUUCAAGUCGGCAGCCAUAUCCUGAGGGAAUCAACCACCAGCUUCGUUCGCCUUGCGAAACAUCAUGCUUUUCGACGCUUGGUAUGGCGCUCACACGUUCGGUGGUCGUCUGCUGUCGCCGCAGACGCCACUACAGUGAAAGAUCCACAGGAGCGGCAGCAGACCUUAGCAAUCUCUUCUCAGUCACGCUUCAACGAUAUCGGCGUCCAGCACCUCAGCGCCCACGUAUACCAGCAGGUCUUCCCCGAUGGAAACACACCACCACCGCAGGAGCUCGUGGAUCUUGCGAAAGACCACCUGCGCCGACAUGAUCUCCUCGGCAAAAAUACCGAUAACAGCGAGCCUAUCGCAUUUGACAUACCAGAACUCCAAGGCAGGACGAUGGACGAGCACUUCCACAAACUGGCAGUCGACUGUGCAGAGCCGUACCUGUCCCUCGCUAAGCAUUUCGCGAGGGCGACACCGCCACCGAAACCGAGAAAAUGGGUUCGCCAGAGCGGCUGGACCAAGUACUAUCCCGACGGUAGAACGGAAGCGAUAGACGCGCCCGAUGAGACUAUGCUCUGCUUCGACACCGAGGUUAUGUGGAAGGAGAGCUCUUUCGCAGUCAUGGCUUGUGCGUCAAGUCCGACUGCUUGGUAUGCCUGGCUAUCGCCUUGGCUUCUGGGCGAAUCCGAAUCCGACCGACAUCUCAUACCGUUGGGCGACCCAACGAAGGAGCGUAUAAUUGUAGGGCAUAACAUUGGAUACGACCGAGCAAGAAUAUUGGAGGAGUACGACGCAAAGCAGACUCGCAAUCAAUUUCUGGAUACUAUGUCGCUUCACGUCGCCGUCAACGGCAUGUGCUCGCAACAGAGGCCGACAUGGAUGAAACACAAGAAGAAUCGCGAGAUGCGGGAGAAGAUCGCAAGUCAGACGGACGACGUGCAGCUGGCGGAGCUCUUAAGCCACAGUGCGCGGCAGGAAGAGGCGGAGUUAUGGGUUGAGCGAAGCUCGAUCAAUUCACUCAGAGAUGUCGCUAAGUUCCAUCUUGACGUCACUAUCGACAAGGCUGCUCGCGAUGACUUUGGAGUUUUGGAUCGGGAAGAGAUCUUCGGAAAGUUGGACAACCUCCUGGACUACUGCGCUGCCGAUGUCGCCAUCACCCACCGAGUAUAUCAAAUUGUCUUCCCGAAUUUCCUGGACACCUGCCCUCAUCCCGUUAGUUUUGCGGCACUGAGACACCUGGCGUCCGUCAUUUUGCCUGUCAACAAGAGCUGGGAUGCUUACAUCGCCAAUGCCGAAGCGACCUACCGCGAGCUUUCCGAUGCAGUGCAAGAACGGCUGGUGGGACUGACAGAGAAAGCCCUGGAAAUCAAGGAUAACGCCGAAAAAUGGAGCAAAGAUCCUUGGCUGAAGCAACUGGACUGGUCCGGCCAAGAAAUAAAAAUGGUGAAAGGAAAGAAGAAGGAUGAUCCUCCUCGGCCAGCUGCGAGACAGAAGAAACCCGGCAUGCCGCAGUGGUACAAGGAUCUCUUCGUAAAGAACGACUCGCCAAUCAAUAUUACUGUGCGGACUCGAAUCGCGCCAUUGCUGUUGAAGAUGUCUUGGGAUAAUCACCCGCUGGUCUGGUCAGAAAAGUACGGUUGGACUUUCAGGGUGACAAGGCAUGAGGCAGCAGAUUACGAGAAGAAGCAAAUGGUAAAAUGCGACUUUUCCGACUCCGAGAAGGAUGCAUCCUUACGUACAGACGGGGGCGUCUUCUUCAAGCUUCCACACAAGGACGGCCCGCAGGCGAGAUGCGUCAACCCUAUGGCCAAGGGAUACAUGUCGUACUUCGAAAACGGAACUUUGUCAUCACAGUAUCCGUAUGCGAAGCAAGCCCUGGAAAUGAACGCUUCAUGCUCGUAUUGGAUCAGUGCGCGCGAUCGCAUAAUGUCGCAAAUGGUCGUCUACGAAGAUGACAUUGCUGACCAAGUAGACUCGAACGGAGUCAAACAGAGCAAAGGCGCCAGGACGGCGACGACAGCCAGCAAAGCCCCAGAAGAAGUCCAGGGAUACAUCCUACCUCAGGUCAUUCCAAUGGGGACUAUCACAAGGAGAGCAGUAGAGAACACAUGGCUUACGGCCAGCAAUGCGAAGAAAAACAGGGUAGGAUCAGAGCUUAAGUCCAUGGUCAAGGCGCCACCGGGCUACAGCUUCGUUGGAGCCGACGUUGACUCAGAAGAGCUCUGGAUUGCGAGUCUGGUGGGAGACGCGACCUUCAGGCUUCAUGGUGGCAAUGCCAUUGGUUUCAUGACUCUCGAGGGCACAAAGGCUGCCGGUACCGACCUUCACUCACGUACAGCAGCCAUUCUCGGUAUUACGAGAAACGAUGCCAAGGUCUUCAACUACGGCCGCAUCUAUGGUGCCGGAAUCAAGUUCGCGGGCCAGUUGCUGAGACAAUUCAACCCGAACUUGUCUGACAAAGAAACGAACGAGACUGCAGCAAGGCUAUACGCCAGCACGAAGGGUACCAAGACCACGAGAUCGGUCCUGAGCAAGCGGCCGUUCUGGCGUGGCGGUACGGAAUCGUUCGUGUUCAACAAACUCGAAGAGUUCGCCGCACAAGAACGGCCGCGGACGUUCGUUCUCGGUGCAGGUAUUACAGAGGCCUUGAUGCGCCGAUUCAUCAACCAAAACGGCUUUCUGACAUCUCGCAUCAACUGGGCCAUUCAGUCUUCCGGCGUCGACUACCUCCACCUCCUCAUCGUCGCCAUGGACUACCUCACUCGACGCUUCAACAUCGAAGCCCGACUCGCCAUCACCGUCCAUGACGAAAUCCGGUACCUCGUCAAGGAUCACGACAAAUACCGCGCGGCCAUGGCCCUCCAAGUGGCGAACCUCUGGACAAGAGCCAUGUUCGCCCAGCAGGCCGGCAUCAAUGACCUACCGCAAGCGUGCGCUUACUUCUCCGCCAUCGACAUUGACCACGUCCUCCGCAAGGAAGUCGAUAUGGACUGCGUCACGCCAAGCCACAAGGAGCCCAUCGCGCCCGGCGAGAGUCUUGACAUAAACGCCCUCCUUGCCAAGGGUGCCGAGGCCCGUCUCGACCCCUCUAUCGUGCCUGACCCUUCACACGCGCCGAAGCUCGACGGCAUCGCUUACAGUCCCCGUACGCCUGUCAUGGACACUCUCGAGGAGUCUACAUCUAGCGACCCGCACUUCCUUAAGGCGCAGAUCGUGAGCUCAGAAGUGGAGCUGGGCAAUGUCCUCAAGGAGCGGAGGACGGCGCUCAAGUCCCAAGAGGAGAAGAAGCCGCGGGUCACGAAGAAGAAGGAGCGCAGCGUCCUGCCGUAUCAGUCAGACGCCGUGCUGAUGCCGGUCGAGACCAUGACGGUGUCGGACGCGCUCGGAAACAAGUUCACGAGGUUCGAGAACAAGAACCGAUGGAAUUGGCAGAAAGAGAAGGGUCGUUGGUCGGGACCUAGCUCGAGGAUUUAG